AUGGCUAGCGAUCUGGACUCGGCAACGCAUCUUCACGAUGUGCUGAUCGUUGGAGCAGGGCCUUGUGGACUUGCAGUUGCCAGCCGACUCAGUGAGCACAUGCCCGCGGCCAGUUUCACCGACGAUGAGCAUAACAGAAAAAUAUGGCAUUGGAUGCAAAGGGGCAAGGGGAAGAUGAGCUACAAGGCUCGGAAGACUGGUGAUGUUACACCUGCGGACUCGUGCUCGAGAAGGGCCAAGGGCAACUUGCCGGAUAUUGUGGUUCUUGAUGCCACUGCGGAUAAGUGGAUGGCUAGAUGGGACACUCUGUUCAAGACAUUUGACAUCUCGCACCUACGCAGCCCCAUGUUCUUCCACUUUGACCCGGCUGAACGCGACGGUCUCCUAUCGUACACACAUAUGAACGGCAGAGAGCGCGAGCUGAGGGAGAUCCGAGGAUGCGUUGGCAAGGAGCUGAGCAAGCAUCAGCGCAAGAUGAGGGAGAGGGGUCGUCGAGAGCCUGGGGGCCAGCCUACCAUCGACGAGCGCGACCGCAACGACUAUUUUGUGCCCUCGACGCCCCUCUUUGCUUCGCAUUGUGGAUGCAUCAUUGAUCGCUACCAUCUCCGCGACGAUAUCGUCCGACAAGGAAAGGUUGUGGACAUCACCUUCGACUACUACGAUGCAGUCUGCGAAACUGACAAAGUAUUUCGAGUCCAAACCGACAACCAAGUCUACUUCUCCCGGACAGCUGUUCUUGCUGUUGGCCCAGCAAAUGAGGCAACGAUCCCUGCGACGCCUGGUGUGGACAACCCCAUAGCGAUGACCCAUGCUAUGAAAAUCAAGGAGUUCCCAUCUCAGCAAAUACAAGCCAAGAUCGAAGCCAAGAGAACAACGAAUAUAGUGGUUGUGGGUGGGGGGUUGACAUCGGCACAACUGGCUGAUCUGGCGCUGCGAAGAGGUGUCACUCGUGUAUGGCUCAUCAUGCGCGGCCCUCUGAAAGUCAAGCCUUUCGACGUCGGUUUGGAAUGGGUCGGGAAGUUUCGCAAUUUCGAGCAGGCUGCAUUCUGGACUGCAGACUCAGACUCGGAGCGCUGGGAAAAAAUCAAGGCAGCAAGGAACGGAGGUAGCAUUACUCCUCCGUACAAAAAGAUUCUUGAUCAGCACAUCAAUAAGGGCAAAGUCAUACUGUCGCUUCACACUACCAUCAAAACCAAGGCCUGGGACGAGAAAAGCCAGACUUGGGACAUAGAACUCUCCGGAGGUCAUCCCCAGAAGCUGCCGCCCAUCGACCAUAUCUAUUUCGCUACCGGCGUACAGAGCAACUUUGAAACACUCCCUUAUAUCCAAUCCCUGCAGGCUCAGUACCCGGUCUCAAACUGCGGUGGCCUUCCGUGCAUUACGGAAGACAUGCAAUGGAGUGACGAGGUGCCGCUUUUCCUCGCUGGCAGACUGGGGGGCCUCCAACUAGGGCCGGGUGCCCCGAACCUGGUGGGUGCCCGGAUAGGCGCCGAGCGGAUCUCGUGGGCCAUUGAAGACAUCCUGAGUGAGCAAAAGGAUGAGAAGUCCCCCGAUCAGGGUGCGCAGCAUGACUACCUUACAGCAAGGGGUAGCCGAUAUGAGGCUCUCGCGGAAGAAUAG